GCUAGAAAUCUCGUAGUUUGCAUAGAUGGAACAGCCAAUCAGUUCAGCGAGAAGAACACCAAUGUCGUCGAGCUCUACAGCCGCUUGAUCAAGGACGAUGACCAGCAGCUUACGUACUACAACAGCGGGAUCGGAACAUACGCAAGGGAAACUAAGACUUUCAAGUAUUGGAGACAGGCCAUCGACCACACCGUCGACAUGGCGAUCGCAUGGAACUUCAAGAAGAUCGUCCUUGAUGCAUACCAAUGGCUCUCGGAAAAUUACAAACCAGGAGAUCGUAUCUUCCUUUUCGGGUUCUCGCGAGGAGCGUAUCAAGUGCGGGUCAUUGCGGCAAUGAUAGAGAUGGUUGGUUUACUUCACAAGGGAAACAACGGCCAAAUAGAAUUUGCGUACGAACUAUACAUGGCGACUACCGCUCUGUUAAGGCGCAUCUCCGGGUUGCCACCUGCCCCACGCGAUCCAGAGGUCAAUCAGAACACGUCCGACGUGAACACGAAGGCACCGCCCUUGGCGGUGCUCCAGCGCGAUGAGCCGGACCAUGGACGAACGUCCAAGUCAUCCAAGCCCGUAAAGUCCCGUGAGGGCAAGGGCAAGGGCAAGGCUGAUCCCCUGGAGCUGAGUGACCGGUUCAAGCGUACACUAUGCAGACCGAAUGUGAAGGUUCAUUUCGUUGGUGCCUGGGAUACUGUCUCGUCGAUCGGAGUGGCUCGUGGGCCAAGCCUUCCAGAGACUACCAUGGGAAUGAAACAUGUCUGCGUCUUUCGACACGCCCUCGCACUUGACGAAGUCCGAGUCAAGUUCUUACCGGAAUACGCAAACGGAGGAGCUGGACCA